AUGGGAGACUAUGAUGAAGACACUGCAUUCCUCGGACAGACUGGUCCUUACUUCUGGAUCACAUUCUUCCUCCUAAACACAGUUUUCGUCUCAACUGGAUUCAACGGCCUUUACAUCGUCUUUGUUGGAGCCACUCCGAAACACCACUGUGUCGUUCCAGAUGUCAAUUUAACCAAGGAGUGGAGAAAUGCCAUCAUUCCCUUUACGAUAGUGGAUGGUGAAGAGGUGCAGAGCCAGUGCAGCAGAUAUAGGCUGGAUGUGGUUAGAAACCUCUCUGCUGAAGGAUAUAUUCCUGGAAGGGAUGUCAACCUCACUAACCUGGAGCAGGAGGGAUGUUUAGAUGGAUGGAACUACAGCAAAGAGAUCUACCAAUCCAACAUAGUCACUGAGUGGGACCUUGUUUGUGACAACCAGUGGAAAGUUCCCUUUGCAUCCUCGACUCUGUUUGUGGGAUACCUUGUUGGAUCCUUAAUCUCAGGACAGCUCUCUGACAGGUUUGGGAGGAAGAAGGUUGUUUUCAUCUCUCUCGGGGCUCAGUGUGUCUCGGUCUUGCUUCAGUCCUUCUCUCAUUCAUGGAGGAUGUUCUGUAUCAUGUUCCUCUUUGUUGGAGCCUCCCAGAUAUCCAUCUAUAUUUCUGCAUUUGUUCUAGGAACGGAGCUGUUGAGUAAGACUAUGCGAGUGCUCUUCACAACUCUCGGGGCCUUCCUUUUCUAUUGCAUUGGGUACAUGACACUACCCUGGAUCGCAUAUGGUAUCAGAGAAUGGAGGACUCUGCUUGCUGUUCUUUCCAUGACUGCUGUGGUCUACAUCCCUCUGUGGUGGUUCAUCCCGGAGUCUCCUCGGUGGCUGAUCACUCAGGGAAGAGUGGAGGAGGCUGAGGCCAUAGUGAGAGAUGCUGCAAGGAAAAAUAAAGUUGAAGCUCCACCUGUAAUUUUUAAAGAGUUUGAGGCAAUGCCUCCAAGCAAGACAUACACCAUGCUUGAUGUUCUGAAAUCCAAGAACAUCAGAUGCAUCACAGUGAUGUGUCUCCUUUUGUGGAUGGCAAUAAACGUCGGGUAUUUUGGUUUAUCCCUGAACACCUCCAACCUGAGUGGAAAUCCCUUCAUGAACUGUUUUUUAUCAGCUACGACCGAGGUCCCUGCCUACGUUGUUUCUACUUGGCUACUGAAGAAAUGUCCAAGAAGAGCACUUCUGUCAUUGUUCCUCAUCAUAGGAGGAGGAGUUCUCCUGCUCAUCCAGUUCAUCCCUGACACUCUUCAGUAUGUUGCUCUUGCUCUGGAAAUGACUGGGAAGUUCGGCUUCACCAUGGCCUUCAGCAUCGUCUACAUCUACACCGCUGAGAUUUACCCGACCGUACUCAGGAACGUCGGCAUGGGAAUGUGCUCCUCUGCUGCGCGCAUUGGCAGUAUCACAGCUCCUUAUGUCAUCUAUUUAGGUACUUAUAAUAAGGCUCUGCCUUAUAUUCUCAUGGGAAGUCUCACACUUGCCUCCUCUGUGGUGAACUUCUUCCUGCCAGAGACCCUCAAUAAAGAUCUUCCAGAAACAGUGGAGGAGAUGCAAGAAUGUCAGGGGCUAUGCAGUGGACCCAAAAAGAAGAAAUAUGUAGAAAAUGGAGGAAGGGGGAACCCACCUAUACUACGUGAAGCCAAGCCUGAUGUGCAAACACUUACUCUGUAG